GCCGCGGAGCCGGGAUGAGGACGCCCGCGCUGCUGACCUGCUGCGCCUGGCUGCUCGCCCCGGUGAACAGCAUUCACCCGGAAUGCCGAUUUCAUCUGGAAAUACAGGAGGAAGAAACAAGAUGUGCAGAGCUCCUAAGGGCCCAAACAGAAAAAUACAAAGCCUGCAGCGGCGUCUGGGACAACAUCACCUGCUGGCGCCCCGCGGACGUCGGCGAGACCGUCACGGUGCCCUGUCCGAAGCUGUUCAGCAACUUUCACAGCAAGCCAGGAAACAUAAGCAAGAACUGCACAAGUGACGGGUGGUCGGUGACGUUCCCAGACCUCCUGGACGCGUGUGGCUACAGUGACCCCGAGGACGAGAGCAAGAUCACGUUUUAUAUUCUGGUGAAGGCCGUUUACACCCUGGGCUACAGCGUCUCUCUGAUUUCCCUUACAACCGGAAGCAUAAUUCUUUGCCUCUUCAGGAGGCUGCACUGCACCCGGAACUACAUCCACCUGAACCUGUUCCUCUCCUUCAUCCUGCGAGCCAUCUCGGUGUUGGUCAAGGACGACGUUCUGUACUCCAGCUCGGGGACGCUGCACUGCCCCGACCAGCCGUCCUCCUGGGUGGGCUGCAAGCUGAGCCUGGUCUUCUUCCAGUACUGCACCAUGGCCAACUUCUACUGGCUCCUGGUGGAGGGGCUGUACCUCCACACCCUCCUGGUGGCCAUCUUCUCCCCCAGCCAGCGCUUCGUGGCCUAUCUCCUGAUUGGAUGGGGCAUCCCCACCGUCUGCACAGGUGCGUGGACUGCGGCCAGGCUCUCCCUCGAAGACACAGGUUGCUGGGAUACCAACGACCACAGUGUUCCCUGGUGGCUUAUACGAACACCGAUUUUAAUUUCCAUCGUAGUCAAUUUCAUCCUCUUUGUUAGUAUUAUACGAAUUUUACUGCAGAAGUUGACAUCCCCAGAUGUCGGCGGCAACGACCAAUCACAGUUCAAGAGGCUCGCCAGGUCCACGCUGCUGCUCAUCCCGCUGUUCGGAGUCCACUACGUGGUGUUUGCUGUCUUCCCCGUCGGCACCUCCUCCAAGUACCAGAUUCUGUUCGAGCUGUGCCUUGGAUCCUUCCAGGGCCUGGUGGUGGCGGUUCUCUACUGCUUUCUCAACAGCGAAGUGCAGAGCGAGCUGAGGAGGAAGUGGCGAGGCCUGUGCCCCAGCCGGCCCUCCGGCCGCGACUACAGGCUGCACAGCUCGUCCAUCUCGAGGAACGGCUCCGAGGAUGCCCUGCAGGUGCCCCGCGGCUCCCGCACCCCGUCCUUCCUGCAGACGGAGACCUCGGACAUCUAGACGCGCCGCCUCGCCGCAGCCGCGCCCUGCCUGGAGGGCCCGGGGCGACCCAGCGCUGACCCCUGGAGCUGGACCUGGCCCGUCCCACCCGCGGAA